AUGACUGCGGACCCACAGUGGCUUAUGAAGUAAGCCCGUUUGCGGUUGUCGGAGACUCCCUGUAACUCGUUUGCCUCCAGGAAACUUUCGAAACGGGUCAUGUAUAUUCCCCAUGUUUCCUGGGCAGGGUCAAACGGAGUGGGUGGCGUGUAGCCGGUCAUCGCUGCAUUCGCUAUCACCUUGCUGGGUUUGAUUCUCGUAGUGAGUUCAGCUCUGUUCUGGUGCUCUGCCUCAAGAUCCCAUCCUCGUCGCCAAUGUUAAGUUCGGGUAUUGACGAGGCAGGAGACCAGGUUAGUGACAACAGCUCUUUAAUAUAGUGUGACCCAGCAAAACUCUGGAGAAAAACCUCUCCUUAUAUACACUUCAGCCUGAGGCUGCAACCAAUCAGGAACGAGAUAUUUCCCGCCUAAAACUCCCGCCAAAACUUACAGUAAUACAUUACAGUUUUAAGUUGACUCCCUAUAUAUAGUUAAACAUUAGGAAAACGCCUUGAAAAGCUGGCCUUGAGGCUUUGGUUACUAGUCCCUGAAUUCACUGCUGGCACAUAAUCAACCUACGCAAUCUGCUAAUAGUGCCAAUAAUGCAAGAUCUCCGGAAGGAGGAUACGGACUUAAAAAGUGGGGACCAUAAGCCCCCCCCCAUGAAUGAAAACGCCCCAUUUCUCAUGGGAAGAUCUGAAAAAUGGGAAUGACUUUCACUGGACACUUUUAGUGGCGCUUUUUGCAGUUCUGGGCAGGAAGCCCUGAAUAUUCACUUGAACCACUUUUAAGCAACACUUUGGCUUGAGAUACAUGUGAACGCAGCCCGGCGUGUCGGGGUUGAAAGAUGCUUGCUCCACCUUUUGCCUCCUAAUCCAGGAAGAACUACAUUUACCAGAGUGCAUUUCCACCCGAAAACUGCAAUGGCUACGAAAUGAUGGGCAGGCCGAGUCCCGCCCCUUUUUAAACAAACAGCGGCCUCAGCCAGUGGCUUUUUGAGCAAGGCGCCUUCGUCUCCGCAAAGAGGCGGCGGUGGCUUGGAAUGACAGCUCAAGCGGCCUAUCAGUACUAAUCCCGCCCACCGAGCCUGACGCAACGGGAGACCGAGGUGUCCGAUCCCCAGAGCGGCUCCAGGGCCUCUUCCUCGCUAUGGCGUUCGGCGGCGGUUGGUGGGGCCGAGCCGCGGCGCGGGCCAGGGGAGCCGGCGGACUGCUAAGAGGAGAGGCCUGGCCGUGGCUACGGAGGCCGACGAGGCCCAACUCCGGCCGCGGCGCGCCGCUCCCGCCCGCUUCGGAGCUAGACAAGGCAGACGCCUGGCUGCUCCGCAAGAGUCACGAGACCGCCUUCCUAUCCUGGUUUCGGAAUGGGCUGCUGGCCACGGGCAUCGGCGUGAUUUCCUACAUGCAGAGCGACAUGGGGCGAGAAGCGGCCUAUGGUUUCUUCAUUCUCGGGGGAAUCUGUGUCUCGUACGGCAGUGCCUCCUACUUCGUCAGCCUCCUCCUCCUCCGCCGCACCAUGAUGCUCUCCUUCUCGGCCGCCCUCCUGAACUCGGCCGCCGUGGUCAGCGUGGCUCUCUUCUGGCUCUGCGCCAUCUCCCUCUACAUCGGCCGGCUGGAGGUGGAAAUCAUCCAGGAGGACGUCACCGACAAGAGGAAGGAGAACGGCAAGGCUGAAAAAUGAAAGCCGGAGGGACUCUUCUGGACUCGAUGAGACUCUACGGACAAUUCGGAAGGGACCGCUCCAGGGUGUUUGGGUCGGAGGGGACCAUGGAAGAAGGAAGGAAGGUUGGCUGGCCGGCUGACUCUCCUGCACACGAGAGACGAGUGGAAGGAAGUCUGGUCUUUCAAUUUAUUUCAGAUUUUCUGGAUGGGGAGCAACAGAUGGGAGGGGAAGGAAGGAAGGGCUUUGAAACCUUCCUCAGAGCAAAUGAGCUCUGGAAGCAUGAAUACUUGCUACUUAAGGAUCUUUGAUGCUUUUCAUGAGUGGGCCUGCUUUGCAAAAAAACCCUCCCCUUUUUGCUUCGCCCCUGCUUUCUGGUUUCAGGUGUGUG